GUAUUUGUUCUCACCACUAUUAUUGUACUCUUGAGUUUAUUAAGUUGCUGCAUGGGUGCUACACUAACACAGUGUAUGUCCUUCCUCAAAUGCAGUCUACAUGAUGUAAAUAAAACUCAAGUGAAAAAAAAAAAGAAUCCACCCAAUCCUCGGUGGCUUUAUAUAAGUGAAGUGUUCAGUCUGAAAUUUAAUGCAACCACAAGGAUGAAAUACUGCUCUGAUUAAAAAAGAAAAUAGGAAAACUGUUUGGCUCAAAAUAUGGGUAUGUAUAAACAAGCAACUGUGUCUUCAUCUCUGCAUCUCUGCUUGAGAUUCAGUCUAUAUUUCAGUAUGUCUAGUGUUGUCACUGCUCUUAUUAGUAAGCGCUGCAUGACUUUUGAUGAGAAUCUCCUCAGUGACAUUGGAACGUUUUGCCAUCAUCAGCCUGGGUUUGGUCCCUAUGGCGAAUGCAAAAUCUUAGACUUCCAAAAGGAUCUCAUGGAGAUUGAGGCAGGAAUCAGAUCUCUUUGCAUUUACAGUGAUGAUACAGUCAUUCCAGCCAGUGCUUUCUCACACCUUACAACCUUGGAACGUCUGCAAAUACGUGGAUAUAAUCUCAGGAGGGUUCACUCUGGUGCCUUUUCCGGCCUUUUCAACCUUAAAUAUCUGCGUAUUAUUUUCAGUUCCUCUGAUUGCAGCAAUGUUGAAUUGGAUACUCCUGUGUUUGCUGGAUUGGAUCAUCUAGAGGAAAUAUCCUUAAAAGGAUUUCAAUUGUCUAACAUUCCCAAUACCACAUUUGAGCAUCUGGUUAGUUUAGUUAAACUGUCUCUGGACACCAUUUGUGUGGAGGAACUUGUUGAGGUUUUAUGCUAUGUCCCAAAUGAAAUGUCCCGCUUAAAAUACUUAGAGGUGAGUAACAGUGGCAUCACUUCCAUCAGAAACAGAAGCUGUCCAUCAUGGCCUUCAGCUGUACUUGCAGGAAUACAGGUUUUAGAUCUUAGUCAAAACUCUGUUAAAAUAAUUGAGGCCAGCUCUCUGGCAGUGUUUCAGAACCUUUCAAGUCUCUCUCUAGGUUUUUGUGGUCUAAGGCUGGGAGAAAUUUGGGAAUCUGGAGUUGGAAAAGUGAGCAAUGUUGUUUUUUCUGGAACUAUAUUAGAAAAAUAUUCUACAAACUGCAAAGACAUGUGCCAGCUAGUUUCUAACUUGAAUCUUCACUCUCUCGAGCUAUCCUAUGUACUCUUAGAUUCACUGUCAAUGGAAGAUUUAAAAGAUUGUGGAAAAGAUCUUACAGUGCUUGGUAUAUAUAAUUCAAAAGUCCAGCUGCUGGACCCAGCAUUCUGGAGAAGCAUAGCAGGAAUACAGGCAAUGCAUUUGGUCAGCAUGGCAUUGACUGAAGCCUCAUUCUGUGUUGCUGCCAAUGGGACUCUUUGGAAUGUAACUACUCUGAAUCUAAUGAAUAACCAGCUAACAGUAGUCAAAACACACCAGUUUGUUUGCACCCCUCUACUCGAGCAGCUUCUACUUAAUGAAAACGCAAUUACGACUCUAGAACCCGAAGCAUUCAGUGGUCUUCGUCAUCUUAAGAUUCUCAAACUUAACUCAAACAAGAUCAAAAUGCUUGCUGCGAAUGACUUUCAGUCUCUUCGAUCUCUAGAAGUUCUGCGUAUUGAUGAAAAUGUGAUUGAGAACAUUGAGGAUGGGACAUUUAGAAACCAGAAGGAGCUUCGUGAACUUGCAUUUGGAAGGUUGGAGUAUAUCUAUACAUUACAUCUGAACAUGUUGUUUUAUGGUCUUCCCAAGGACAUACAGUAUCUCAGCAUUGAUGCAUAUGUCGGGACUACACUUCUUUUGGGAAAUAUUGGAAGACCCAAAGGAAGCUUCAGAUUUGAUCUAAAUGGAUUUGAGCUCAAAAUUGGAGAGAACUAUCCUCCCUUUCUGGAAUCUGUCCGAGAGCUUAAGCUGACUGGACACACGUUUUUUAUUAAGAACGACUUCUUUGUUCCUUAUUUUUCUCAUCUAGAAUCUUUAGAGUUUUCAGGUGAUCCUGAAAGGGUGUUCAUCAAUUACACAGGAAUCAGCAAUUUGCAUUACCUCAAGCGUCUCAAACUCGUCAAUCUUAAUUUCUCAAACCACACCAAUCCUGGUAUGACCUUCUGGAAUCUAAAACGGCUACAGAUCCUUGUACUCUAUAACUGCCAUCUGAAUUUCCUGACAAAGAUGAUGUUCAGGGAUCUGCACUCACUGGAGCUGUUGCAUCUCUACAGUGUCAAACCACUAAUCCUACAGGAUGGGAUGUUUGAUACCUUGCCAGUUCUGAGAGCUGUGGUGCUUGACAGAGUGGACUUUCGAUGUGACUGUGAGACUGCCUGGUUCCUAGAAUGGGCACAGAGCACACGAGCACAGGUGAUCAAUCUGCAGCAGCAGCAGUGUGUCUGGCAUUAUCAGAAACUGAAUUUAUUGUCCACCAUGGAAAAGUUAUGUCAGACAGAUGUGCAGUACCUGUGCUAUUUGGGCACUGUCAACAUCAUAAGUCUGCUGCUGUUAAGUGCUCUUAGCUAUCGCUUUGCAUACUGGCCUUGUGUUGUCUUCAUCUUCCGACUCAGAGGUUAUAUGGAGAGACAGUUCGGUAAAGGUUGGCGGAGGAGAAGGCAAAGGCGCAGAGGGGAUGGACUAGAAGCCGAAGAAGACAUGAAAUAUGAUGCAUUUGUGUCAUUCAGUAGCCGUGAUGAAGCUUGGGUCUUGGGGGAGUUGGCUCCAAGGUUAGAGGAACAAGGCCAACCCAGGCUCCGACUCUGCUUGCACAGCAGAGACUUUGAGGUGGGAAAGGGAAUUGUCGAUAACAUUGCAGAGAGUAUUUACAGUAGCCGGCGCACGGUGUGUGUGCUUAGUCGCCAGUAUCUGCGAAGUGACUGGUGCAGCCUGGAGAUGCGAGUAGCAACACACCGGCUGCUGGAAGAACAGAAACAUCGUCUCAUUCUCAUCUUUCUCGAGCACAUCUCCCCAUUUGAGCUCAAUACUUUUCACCGCUUGGCCAAGCUGGUGAAAUCACGCACAUAUCUGGACUGGCCACAGGAAGAGGGGGAGAGGAUACACUUCUGGGAACGUCUGAGAAGAAACAUUGCUGAAGUGGAGAUGGAUGCUCCGUGAAAACAACAUGUACCACCAUGUACCAUGUACCAAAUGUUGUGAAGACAACAUUUAGAUUUGGAUGGUGUAUGCAACAAAUGAUGAAAAUAGUCUAAAUGUUUGUAUACACAAAAUCGUAGAACAAUGCAAAGCUAAUUGUCAAAAAUUAUUUGUGUUGUCCACUUUAAAUUUCCAGCUUAUUAUUCAGUUAUUCAUUUGAAAGCAUGUUAUUCAGUAUUUAUCAUUAAGCAUAUAUGAUAUAUUCAGUAACAAAAAGGGGUUUAAUUUACACUGAUUACAUUUUCAAUUCAUUUUUUUUCAGAAACUUCUGUGUAAUUUGUCUUCUUUGUAAUUUGUUAAUAAAACUUUAACCAUGCACCAUAAUGAUUAGAUGAAGCACUGACUAAUUUUCAUAAAUAAGGAAUUUGAAUAAUUAUGAGUAUAUAUAAGAAUUCUAAACAAAUAUGAACAUUUAAGCUAGCGUUACUAGAUGACCAAAUAAAUGCUUGUAGCUAAAACAACAGCACCAGAUACAGUUCAAAACUUCAUUUUGGGAAUGUUAAACACACAUUUAACAAAUAUCAAGCAGAAAAAAGCUACAACUAUAUUAAUUCAAUGCAAUUCAAAUCACUUUUGUACUUGCAUGAUUAUUAGACUCACCAGUAAAAGUUUGGCUUUAAAUAGGUUAGUUUUGUAGAUAAUCACCAGAGCGAAAGAAUAACCUGAGGACAAUUCAUGAAGAAAUAAACUCUUCACAACGCUCUGUACAGAAUUCACUUAGAACUGGAAUUUAAUAAAAAUUGCAUGUGAGAAGACCUACCAAGGCUGUACAUGCCUCUACACAAAUGUAGUUUUUCAGGAUUUCUUACUUCCUUUCAUCAGUUUGUUAUUUCUGUUAUAUCUAUUAAUGUUUUUUCAUUUGCUGUUAUUUGCUGAGCUGGGAAUAUUUGUAUGCAUAAAUAUAUUGAAUAAGGAGAGGAUUAAAACUUGUCACUUAAUAGAAACCUUCUCUGUUUUUAAUGACUUCAUUAAUCACUCAUCUGCUACACAAUAGUAAAUAUGAUGUUGAACCCUGCUAGUUUUCUCGAAGUUUUUAUUUCCAUUUCCAAGUAUUGACAUGUUUUCAGUUCUGCUUUUUGUGGCUAUGAAACUUCAUAAAUACCUCACCAUAAAACUGCUAUAUCCACCCUCUUUAUAAGGUAGCAUAUAAAUAUAAGCAGCUUUCUCUCAUUUCCUCUUUAUUGAAGAGAAAAAAUAUUUUUGCGUUAUAAUUUAGGUACUGUGGACCAAGAUUCCUCCAAAACGAUGUGAGAGACUGAUGAACUCCUACAGAAAAACAUUUACUUCAAGUUAUUGUUGCUGAAUUAUAGGGUGUAUAUAUUUUUUUUCCUGUUUUCUGAUUGUUGGUUUACUUUUUGGGGAAAACUACAUAUUAAAAUUUGUCGUUUUUUGUUGUCACCUGAGGUUAUUUGUUUAUAGAAGUUAUUUACUGACUAACUUGUGGAAUUUAUUUUGGUUAAUUCAUAUACCAUUAAAUGAAAUGCAACAGGAAGGUCUCAAAUUUACAUUCUAGCACAUUGACCAUGAUGCAUUCUAUAAUAAAAAAAAAUUA